AUUGAAGAGAAAAAAUGGCAAACCGAGAUGAACUUAGCACAACGGCAAAGCAGAAAUAUAUUGAGGCGGCUGCACGUGCAAAAAACCCACUUGAAACGCUGCCGUAUAGCAGUUUUACCACCAGCGCGGGAGAGGAGUUCAAACUACAUUUUCGGUCAAGAAGUGAACUGGAUGCUAAAACUCAGAAAUGGACCUUUAAACUGGCAGAGCAGAAUGUUAGUGGCUACUAUAAACAAUUGAAAAUGGGCUGGAAGCCCAAAGUAAAGCAAGCUGAGCUCGGGAAAAAUUGGGCACGCUUUUUGGUUGCACAAAAUAAAGAUAAGCAGCCUGUCGCAUAUACAAUGUUCCGCUUUGACAUGGACGCUGGAGAUUGCGUACUCUAUUGUUAUGAAAUACAAAUAUCGCCUGAGUAUCGAAGGAAAGGACUUGGAAAGUUUAUGAUGGACACGCUGGAGGCGUGUGCUCGACAUUGGCAACUUGAAAAAGUGAUGUUGACUGUGCUAAACAACAAUGAAAGCUCUCUUACAUUUUUUAAAGCGCUUGGCUAUGUUAAAGAUGAAACAUCGCCAGAUGUCCUGGAAGAGGCAGACUAUGAAAUCUUAAGCAAAUCCAUGUUGGGAUGAGUAUUUGUUUAUUUUAAUUCAAA